AUGUAUCGACCUUCGCGCUCACAGCACAUAAGAGCAGAACAAGAAACAAAUUUCAAAGGAAUUCAAUACAACAUGAAUACAAAUUAUCAUCGUCGUUUAUUUACAUUGGCUCAUAUCGUUAUCUUUCUCAUAUUUCUCUCUAUUGUCAAUUGUACAAGUGAUCAAAUGAAGAAAACAUUACUUGACAAUAGAAUGCGAGCAACAGCAACAAUAAAAAAUCAUCUAUAUGAUACAUUAGAAGAAGAAAAAUUUAAAAAUGAUUAUGACAGAGAAAUCCAGCAUGUUAUUAGCGGUAUGCUGAAAAUGUAUCCACAUCGUCGAGCUGCCGCAUUUCAUGCUAUGCGAGGGAAAAGGUCCAUUAAUACUGUUUAA